AGAACCUCUUUCCAUUUUACCUAAACCCUUCACGGAACUCUCUAGAAAACCUUGUCCUCCUCCACCACUUCCCGGCACCACCAAUGGCGGCGUCCGACGUGUCCGAAGGACCAGUACGGAGCGUGAUCAACAAGCGCCUCCGUGCCCUUCGCAAGAAAUACAACCGCAUUGUUCAAAUGGAAGAAUCCGUUUCUAAAGGAAAAACCUUAAACAAGGAACAAGAAGAAACUCUUCGCUCAAAACCUUCCGUCAUCGCCGGCAUCGACGAGCUCGAGAAGCUUCGCGAGCCUCUUGCAUCCGCUGUCGCUGAAGAAAUCAACCUCGCCACGUCAGUUUCUGCCCCGCCAGAUAAUAAUUCGAAGAAUGAGGGAGAGGGGGAAGUGAUAAUGUGUGUUGAGGAUUUACUUUAUCUGUUGUAUUUUGGCUGUAUGUUUGAUGUGAAGUCGUUACAGAGUGAUUUUUCUACGGCUACACUGCUGACGAGGACGCAUGAGAGAGCUUGUUGCCUUAACUAUGAUUGUAUGCAGGAGGACGAAUCCAGUGAUGUGAUAGAUCUAUUGGGGGAGAAGGAUUUGGACUUAAUUUCAAUGCUCAGUGGGCUAUUAAUUUCUCGACCUGUUAAUUCUCCUUUGUCGCACAAGCGUGCCCUUCAACAAUGCAUUGAGCACGCGAAGCUUUGGCUUACCAAGUCUGAUCAGCCCAUUGUACCUGAUUCCGAUGCUACUUAUGCUGGUUUGAAAUCGAAGCUAAAUAGAAUAAUGUCUUCACUAUAUUUUACUACGGACCCUGUUAAAGUGGAGGCAUCAGCUGCGAACUAUGGGCCAUACUCGGUGCCCAUAGAAGAGUCUGUGGGUGCUGUGCCUGUCAAUGAACCCGUGCAAGUGCACACGAUUGCUAUGCAGAGUCAGCAGAAGGAAGAAGAGUGCUUAAGUUCUCAAGGAAAUCAUACUAAUGAAAUGCAUGCUAGCACUGUAGAAGAAAUCCAGCAGGGGGUACAAGGGGAAAACUUGUCUGAAUUGCCUGCUGAAGCAGAAGAGGUCACACCUGAGGCGGAAGGUGUUAAUAAUUUGAAAGAUAUGAAUUUCAAGGAGCAACAGUCUGUUCCCCGACGGUCAUAUCAGAAUCAGAACUACAGGGGUCAUCACAAUGGGGAUGGAGGAGGCCGUCGUGGAUAUUCUAAUGGUCAUGGAGGGCAUGGCAGGGAAGGGUCCUACCAGAAUGGCCGCAACCAAUACUAUGAUCAAUCUGGUAAUUACUACCAGAAGAGCCAUAACAACAAUUAUAGGGAAAGAUGUGGAAGGGGUACUGUUGGUGGGAAUUACAACCCUCAUGCUUCAGGUGGUCAAGCUGCUAAUUUCUCUGUUGAUGCAUAACCUUGUUUGGUUGAUUACCGAAUUUCCUUGGUAGCGUCUCGUUGGGGGAUGGGGGGUGCGGAUUUGGUGGUCAGUCUGUUACCUUGUUAAAUGGAACACAUAUAUCUCUUAGUUGAAGAAUAGUUGCAGCAGCUUCAACUUCGCUAAUUGAAGAUAAGUUUUGGUUAUCAAUUUUCUUAGACCCUAGUCUGGUCUUUACUAGUUUGUUCUUGUGGCCAUGGAUAGUUUAGGUGAAGUGGAUUAGUUUUUACUAGUCAAUUCAAAUAAUAAAUUAUAGUA